UGCAUGCUUGUUCUCCUUUUAGUAGCAACCCUCACUUAAUUUUCUCCAAUAAUGGAAACCCUCAAGAAAAAUUCGCUUGCAGUAGCUACUCCCAUUUUACUCAUAAUAUUGGCCAUUAGCAAUAUAUUCUGUCCACUACUGGUAGAAUCCUGUAAUGCCAUAGAUAAAGAGGCAUUGUUUCAUUUCAAGCGUGGGAUUUUGUAUGACCCAAUGCCAAAUUAUCAUGGAUUAGACACUUGGGUCCCUAAGACCGACUGUUGUGUAGAGUGGCGAGGUGUGAGUUGUGAUCCCACCAACGGAAGGGUUGUUGAUCUCCACAUGUCGGGCUUUCGGGAUGAAGGUGGUGUUGAUUCCAACUUCGGUCUGGUAGGUACACUCUCUCCUUACCUUGGCAAUUUUACCUAUCUUCAAACCCUUAUCUUUCACGACCUAGUAGACAUAAGUGGUCCAAUCCCUCCUGAACUAGGAAAGUUGUCACACUUAGAAACUCUUAUUCUAAGCAACAGCAAACUAAAUGGUUCAAUACCUUCAACACUAGGUAACCUCCAUAAGCUAAAAGAUCUUGAACUAGGCAAUAAUAGUCUCUCUGGCACCAUACCCGACUCUCUUUUUCAAUCCAUGAAGUCACUCUUGACUUUGGAAUUAGAGGGCAACCUAUUAACUGGUUCAAUACCAUCUUCCUUUUCAAACCUGGUUUCACUUAAAAAGCUUUAUCUUAGAAGGAAUUUUCUCUCUGGUCCAAUUCCACUUGGUAUAACCAAACUAAAGCGUCUCACCUACAUAGAUUUGUCGAAUAACAACAUGACCGGAAGAAUACCAGAUACCAUAGGCAAUCUCCCUAAAUUACAGUCCUUAUAUCUAAACCAUAACAAACUCACUGGACCCAUACCAAAUUCUUUAGUUAAACUCUCACAGUUGCAGGAUUUACAUCUGGACCAUAACAAAAUUACUGGACCCAUACCAAAGUCUCUAGGUGAACUCUCCCAAUUGCAGAAUUUAUACCUCGACCACAAUAGACUCACUGGACCUAUUCCUUCUUCCCUAGGCAGCCUUAUAUCUUUAGAAGUUUUGAAUUUGGCUGAUAAUAAAAUGACGGGUGUGUUACCAUGUUCCAUAGGCAAUAUCACCCGAAUCCAGAAAAUUGUGUUAGAGAACAAUAUGAUUACAGGAAAGUUGCCACCGACUAUGGGGCAUCUAACAAAAUUGUACGAUGUCUUGUUCUCAAAUAACCAGUUUGUAGGCCAAAUACCUUCAAGUUUUGGAAACCUGAAGCUCAAUAAUUUGCACUUGUCUAAGAAUCAGCUCACUGGCCCACUCCCUCAGCUUGAAUUCCAACCAAAAUCAUAUGACAACAACUUCGAUUUAUCUUAUAAUCCACUCGGGUUAGAGAAGAUACCAGAUUGGUUAUUUAAGUUAAACAUAUAUAAUCUUACAUUAGUUGGGUCAGGGAUCAAAGGGAAGUUGCCACAAUCGAUAAGGACAACUUAUACCUCCUACUUUCAUUUGUAUCACCUUGAUUUAUCGAGUAACCAAAUCCCAGGUAAGUUGCCUUCAUGGAUAGGGAAUAUGAGUUAUCUAGAAUCCCUUAACUUAUCCAACAACAGACUUUCAGGAAGUAUUCUUAGGGACUUGUUGAAUUUGAAUAAUCUGUAUGAUUUUGAUGUCUCAAGGAAUAAACUCAGCGGAAGAAUACCUCCCCACAACAUCAGUUAUCCUGCUUCUGCAUUUUCGGGAAAUCUUGGCCUAUGUGAUUCGCCGCUCCCUCCUUAAAAUCAAAGAUUCAAAGGAAGUACAAAAAGGAAAACUAAAGAUACAACACUGAAAAGACGUGUACAGAAGCAUACUUAUACGCAGAUUUUAUAUGGCGAAGCAUCAUCCUUCAAGGAAGCUUUCAAUUUGUACAAGCACCUGCAAAAUUAGAUGUGCUAAAGGUGAAUGAAAAAAGAUAUGGAAAUUUUGAAGUCAACCGUUACUAGAAAACAGAUCAAUAAGAAGGUACUCUGUAUGAACUUUGUAAGAAAACUUUCUUUUUCAAUUUUCUUUCCUCUCAUGUACUUCAAAUUGAACAAUAACAGAUCGAGAGAAAA